AUGGAGGCUGCCGAGGACAGUUGUUCUGACAACGGCCUUGUACUGGUUGGAGUCCUGAGUGAUAUACGAAAACAUUUCAAUUACUGCCAAUCCUUACUGAAUGAUUCCCCUCACCUCCACAAUAUAAACAGAACUUUCGUCCAGAAGUAUCCACUCGACCAUUUCCUUACGUUUAAUGCCAAUGGAGGAGAGCACUGCCAUGCAUUUAGGAGGCAGUUGGACUUCCCGUCAGCGCCAAUUUCGGACGUCGAAAAGGAAUUUGCGAUUGCGUUUGCCAUCGCCGUCUUCAAGGAUAUAAACCAGGUCGCCCGACUCCUGAGGAUGAUUUAUCGACCACAAAAUUUCUAUGUCAUUCACGUGGACCGUAAAUCUAGCGACCAAUUCUAUCAGGCCGUGGUGCAGGUGCAAAAGUGUUUUGGGAAAAAUGUGCGAGUCGUGCCCCGCAAAGACAGUGUAGACGUUGGUUGGUUUACCUUCACUGUCCUCGAGGUGGAACUAAUUGCAUCGAGGAUUCUGCUGCAAAUGGGUAAAUGGAGGUACUUCAUCAACCUUACGGGUCAGGAAUUACCACUGAGAACUAAUUUGGAACUUGUACUGGCUUUAAAAGCUCUAAAUGGUUCGAAUUUAGUGGAGGGAACUGUUAAGCAUCGAAAUGUUCGUCGAAUACCAAAUGUUAGCUUGCCCUUUCCGGUUACGUGGGUUAAAGGAGGCGUGCAUGUGGCUCUGAGGAGGGAGUUUGUGGAAUUCAUGCUUUUUGAUCCAAAAGCCAAGGAAAUUACCAGAGCUCUGCAAACGCACGCGUUCUAUAAGUGUCCGGAUGAACAGUUCUUUGCUACGCUUGCCUACAACCCCCAUCUUGGCGGGCCCGGAGCCUGCCUUCGUGUCCAUGAGCAGGACGACGUGGCCGUGGAUAAAACCCGUCUUCACUUUCUCAUCCGUUACAAGAAGUGGUACGGUGAGGACUGCCCAACCAAAACCGCACACGGAAUUUGCAUUCUCGGAUCACAAAGUCUUUCAAAAUUGAUGCAGGCAGCCGAUCUCAUUGCGAACAAAUUCCACGAAGACUAUUAUCCCGAGGGUUACGACUGCUUAGAACUCUACCUCUUUGAGCGAACUAACAAUCCUCAACCGUUCGACACAACACCCUAUGCAAGGCUGUACUGCUCGCAUGAGCACUUGUGA